AUGACUGUCCCAGUUCCUGCUCCUGUUGAUCCAGCCUGGUACAUGGAUUCAGGAGAUACUGACCAUGUCACUCCUGAUCCUACUCAACUAAUUUCCAAUAGACCCUAUGAUGGAGUUGAGCAACUACAAGUUGGUAACGGUGAGUCUCUACAUAUAUCUCAUAUAGGUUCCACUUUAUUUCCCAAUUCAUUUCAUUCUAAGUGUUUACAUUUGCGCAAUGUGUUGUGUGUUCCUAAAAUAACUAAAAAUCUCCUUAGUAUUUCUAGAUUCACUAAAGACAAUCAAGUAAUUGUGGAAUUUGGCUCUGAUUGUUGUGUUGUUAAGGACAAGGCUACCAAGGCAGUGUUACUACAGGGAGGACUUAAGGCUGGUCUAUACCAAUUGCGCAUACCUUCUUGCUUUUCCUCUGGUUACACUUCUGGUGGUCUAGAAAAGUCAGCUACUUUGAGUUCUAGGUUUUGUAAUACUUUGUCUUCAAAUAAGUCAAUAGGUAUUGAUAGUCAGUAUAGUCAUAGGUUGCCCCAGUCUAUUAGUUCUCUGAAUAACUUUCAAGAUGCUACUACCAAGUGUAAUAUACUGAUUAGCAGUCCCAUGAAUGUUUCUGGUAUGUUUGUUUUUACUGCUGCUAUUUCUGAUAUUCCUGCUAAUAAUAAUAACAUCUCUGACUUGGUUGAUAGUUAUGGCAGAAUUUUUGAUAAUACUUCUGAUUUUAAUAAUGAUUCUAGUCUGAACAAAACUGAUUCUGAUUCUGUUUUGCAUUUUAAUUCUGUGGUUGAUGCUGAUGCAAAUUCUACAUCUAUGUUGAAAGAUAAUGAAAAUUCCAUGCUUGAUGUUAAUGCAAAUCCUGCUUCUAUGUUGAAUGAUAAUGAAAAUUCUGAUUCUGUUUUGCAUAUUACUUCUAUGGUUGAUGCUGAUGCAAAUUCUACAUCUAUGUUGAAAGAUAAUGAAAAUUUUAUGCUUGAUGUUAAUGCAAAUCCUGUUUCUAUGUUGAAAGAUAAUGAAAAUUCUGCUACGACUAAAGCUCUUCUUGUUCAUAAUGCCACAAAUGCUACCAUUAGGAAAUCUGACACAUACCACCAUCAUCCUAUAACAAAUCAUUCUAUAGUUUUUCAGGCUAGUAAUACUAGGAACAAUGCACUUUUAAGUCAUAAGGGGUACAAAUGUUUAGAGGGAAAAAUUGUCAUUACUCCUAAUGUUCAAUUCAAUGAACAAGAGUUUCCUUUUGCUAUUGGUUUUAAUCAACAAUUGUCCGGUUCCUGUUCUCCUUUACUCAAAGCAGCAGUCCCUCAUAGUUCUUCUACUUGUUUCCCUUUUGUUUCUAUUCCCUUUUCUAAUGGUACAACCAGCAAAGUCUCCUCUGCAGUGGACUGUUCGGUUCCUAAUCCUUCUCUCACUACUAACAAGUCAACUCCUAUUUCCUCAUUUCAGGACAUUAAUAAAUCUAUACACAGUCCAUCUAUUCCUAAACCAUCCUCUAGAAUCAGUACCUCAACUUCAAAAUCUCCAUCUAACAACCCUGAUACUUAUACUUCCUCAUUACCUACUCCCAUUCCAUCUUCUACUCCAUAUACAUUUCCAUUAGAAAUAGAUCUAUCUUGCUAUCAUCUUCCCAAUUCCACAAUUCAAAAACCUUCUAUAUCUUCAGAUUUUACACAAUCAGCUCAGAAACACACUGAUCACUCUCUUGUUGUUGACUUAACUCCAUCAUAG